AUGAUGUACGUGUUCUCUACAAUGAUGUACGAGUACUAUGAGUACUCUACAAUGCUGUACGAGUACUAUGAGUACUCUACAGUGCUGUACGAGUACUAUGAGUACUCUACAGUGCUGUACGAGUACUCUACAGUGCUGUACGAGUACUCUUCAGUGCUGUACGAGUACUAUGAGUACUCUACAAUGCUAAGAGAGGGAUUUACAGACAAAGUAGUUUUGUGGAGCGGGAAACUCCACAUCUUGAAACAACAGUUAAAGCAACAGUUAAAGCAACAGUUAAAGCAACAGUUAAAGCAACAGUUAAAGCAACAGUUGAAGCAACAGUUGAAGCAACAGUUGAAGCAACAGUUGAAGCAACAGUUGAAGCAACAGUUGAAGCAACAGUUGAAGCAACAGUUGAAGCAACAGUUGAAGCAACAGUUGAAGCAACAGUUGAAGCAACAGGUGACGCAACAGUUGAAGCAACAGUUGAAGCAACAGUUGAAGCAACAGUUGAAGCAACAGUUGAAGCAACAGUUGAAGCAACAGUUGAAGCAACAGUUGAAGCAACAGUUGAAGCAACAGUUGAAGCAACAGUUGAAGCAACAGUUGAAGCAACAGUUGAAGCAACAGGUGACGCAACAGUUGAAGCAACAGUUGAAGCAACAGGUGACGCAACAGUUGAAGCAACAGUUGAAGCAACAGGUGACGCAACAGUUGAAGCAACAUUUGAAGCAACAGGUGACGCAACAGUUGAAGCAACAGUUGAAGCAACAGUUAAAGCAACAGUUGAAGCAACAGUUGAAGCAACAGUUGAAGCAACAGUUGAAGCAACAGUUGAAGCAACAGUUGAAGCAACAGGUGACGCAACAGUUGAAGCAACAGUUGAAGCAACAGGUGACGCAACAGUUGAAGCAACAGUUGAAGCAACAGUUGAAGCAACAGUUGAAGCAACAGUUGAAGCAACAGGUGACGCAACAGUUGAAGCAACAGUUGAAGCAACAGGUGACGCAACAGUUGAAGCAACAGUUGAAGCAACAGGUGACGCAACAGUUGAAGCAACAGUUGAAGCAACAGUUGAAGCAACAGUUGAAGCAACAGUUAAAGCAACAGUUAAAGCAACAGUUAAAGCAACAGUUGAAGCAACAUUUGAAGCAACAGUUGAAGCAACAUUUGAAGCAACAGGUGACGCAACAGUUGAAGCAACAGUUAAAGCAACAGUUAAAGCAACAGUUGAAGCAACAGGUGACGCAACAGUUGAAGCAACAGUUGAAGCAACAGGUGACGCAACAGUUGAAGCAACAGGUGACGCAACAGUUGAAGCAACAGUUGAAGCAACAGGUGACGCAACAGUUGAAGCAACAGUUGAAGCAACAGUUGAAGCAACAGUUGAAGCAACAGUUGAAGCAACAGUUAAAGCAACAGUUAAAGCAACAGUUGAAGCAACAGUUAAAGCAACAGUUGAAGCAACAGUUGAAGCAACAGUUAAAGCAACAGUUAAAGCAACAGUUAAAGCAACAUUUGAAGCAACAGUUGAAGCAACAGUUGAAGCAACAGUUGAAGCAACAGGUGACGCAACAGUUGAAGCAACAGGUGACGCAACAGUUGAAGCAACAGUUGAAGCAACAGGUGAAGCAACAGUUGAAGCAACAGUUGAAGCAACAGUUAAAGCAACAGUUGAAGCAACAGUUGAAGCAACAGUUGAAGCAACAGUUGAAGCAACAGUUAAAGCAACAGGUGACGCAACAGUUGAAGCAACAGGUGAAGCAACAGUUGAAGCAACAGGUGAAGCAACAGUUGAAGCAACAGGUGACGCAACAGUUGAAGCAUAAAUCACUCAGUCUACUUUAG